ACGUCCAUCUUUUUAUAUGCUGGGACUGUACAAUUUUUCAAGGAAGGUGUGGACUGCACGUCCAUCACCAAAUAACAAGACACAGCAAACAUCCAUUCAUUCAAUUAGUGCACUGCACGUUUUGCGUUGCAAAUUCUGUAGAUAUAUACACACAAACACAUUAUUGCUUGAAGAGAGAAACCAAACAAGAAACAAAUCAGUCAGUCACUAGUGUACUUUUUCUUGUUGAUUUGGAGGAGCAGACAAAAAAUAUGAAGAUGAUGGGUAGUUACGUAUUGCUGGUGAUGAUGGCGAUUCUGAGUGUGGGUGUGCAUGGCGGUGAAUAUGAGUACGACGAGUCACUGAGCUACUCAUAUUACCACCAAAGUUGCCCUCAGGUCGAGAGCAUCAUCCACAAUAAGCUCGCCCAGUGGCUCAAAAACGAUUCCUCGCUUGCUCCAUCUCUCAUCAACCUCCAUUUCCACGAUUGCAUCGUCAGGGGAUGCGAUGCUUCGAUUCUUUUGGACCACUCAGAAGCUGAGAAAUACGCGAAGGCAAGCAAGCACCUGAGAGGAUUUCAAGUGAUCGACGACAUCAAAACCGAGGUCGAGAGGGUGUGCCCGGGCACAGUCUCCUGCGCGGACAUCCUGACUGCUUCCGCGCGGGACGCCACAGUGGCUGCCGGGGGACCCUUCUGGAUGGUCCCCUACGGCCGCCGGGACGGGAGAAUCUCCGUCGCCAACGAGGCCGAUACCUCUGUCCCGGUUGGCCACGAGAGAAUCACCGACCUCAUCGAGCUUUUCCAAUCAAAGGGCCUCAACAUACUCGAUCUCGUCGUGCUCUCCGGGGCCCACACAAUUGGCAAGUCCAGCUGUGGUUCCCUGCAGCACAGGGUGUUUGGAAUUGGCGGUGGACUCGGGCCCCAUAAGCCCGGCCCACCAAUCGACCCCAAGUACCUUAACUUCCUAACAAGGAAAUGUAGGUGGGCUUCGGAGCAAGUGGAGCUGGAUGGGGUAACCCCAAUGAAGUUCGACGUGCAGUACUACAAGAACCUGCAGAAGAAGAUGGGCCUACUCUCUACUGACCAACUAUUGUACUCUGACUCUAGGACCGAGCCGCUAGUCUCUGCUUUUGCUUCUCAGUCCGCGCAUUUCCACCAACAGUUUGCAGCAUCAAUGCUCAAACUUGGCAAAAUUCAGGAUUACCUUACCGACAAACAACAUUCUGAGGUUCGACUCAAGUGCAACACCGUCAAUUCCCACUUGUACUAGUUAAACAUACAUACAUAUGACCUGCUGUUUUGUUUAUGUUUCUACUGCUUGACUUGUGGCUAUUAAUUUUCUGCAUUGUUUUGUUUUUCUUCUUCAAAUUUUCCCAAGUUCAACGGUCUGUGUAUCCACCGAAUCCCCACCUAAUAUUUUUUAUCGAGUAAUUCAUUAUUAU